AUGACCGGUAGAUUUGCGUCUAGCCCCACUGAAGUAAGUAGUUCGAAUACAACCCACGAUUCCAAAGAACCGUGUGACAUAGACUGUGGGGAGCCUUUGUUAUCCCAACGUAUUAUCAUUGACUUCACACCCCUUGACGAAGACAAUGAUCUGGUGCAGAAGAAGUGUGUAACGUUUUGGGAUUUUGUCACACGUAAUUCGGAACUUGAAGCUUUGGAUGCCGUGCCUGACUUUAAUGUUUACGAUGACAUUACAUCCCCAUCAAGCACCGGCGUGCCGAUAAAAUCUACUUCACCUGAAAACGUGUUAGUUAAAGAAAAAACAGCGGUGUCCAUGCUUGAGCUAGUGGAGGGAAAAGGACUGAUAGACAGGGCGUUCGAGGGAAAGUUGCCGCAGUCGUAUUGUUCCUUGGGACUCCUGGAGUAUUCUGAAGAGGAUUCUGUUCCAAACGUCGAUCAGCAGACGGGUAAUGUUUCAGAUGCAGGCGAUGGAAGGUUGAAAAAAGUGAAGAGGCGAGAUAGGAAGAUGUCAGCUGAUGGUACUGUAAAGAAGAUGUGUGAGAAACUUCAGAUGUGGGACGUGGAGCAUCCUAACUGGCGCCUCCCAUGUGGUGACAUUAAAAUGCAGUCUUGUUCUGAAAAUUUGAAGGGAGUUUAG